CUUAAUCAGGAUCACACAACAAUAAUGAAUGGAAACACGGCGUAGCCAAGAAAGUUGAGAAGCAACUCAAAGUAACAGUCGGCGGAGAGUUGGAAAACGUUAUUUGUCGCAGGGAGGGGAAAAUCUUUAGUUAGUCAUGGAUUGGCCUGGUAAAUCAGAAAAUACGUCUUGGAAGAGAAAGCAACUGGUUUUUUGUAGAAACUUUUGAUAUAUAUAUUUUUCAUCAAGGGAAGCUACAGUGGAGCUACACUGUAAACCUAAACGCGUGAUUAAGGGUAAAUGGCAUGAUGGGACAGUAAUACGAGAUCACUGCGUUGUCAGCGUUUUAUACUGGAAAAGUGGAUUAUGUGGAUCAAUCUGUGAAUUAAACCUGUGGAAUAUUUUGGGGGAUUUUUAAUUGAAUUUUCACCACUGAGAAAAGCGGAGUUUUUUCCUUCUUUGACUGGAGAGUACAGCAGCUCUGGGGCAAAAUGGGUAAUGUAGAAAGUGUAGACGGCCACUCGGAGAUGAAGCAUCACAUUAUGCCUCUAAAAGUGCCCAUGCCGGACCCCACAGAGCUGGAAGAGAAAUUUGCCAUUGUUUUGAACUCCAUGAACCUGCCUCCAGACAAAGCUCGGCUACUCCGGCAGUAUGACAAUGAAAAGAAGUGGGACCUGAUCUGUGACCAGGAGAGGUUUCAGGUGAAGAAUCCACCUCAUACUUACAUCCAGAAGCUGAGAGGAUAUUUAGACCCUAGUGUCACACGGAAGAAGUUCCGCAGGCGUGUGCAAGAGUCUACAAAAGUCUUGCGGGAGCUGGAGAUAUCACUGAGGACAAACCACAUUGGGUGGGUCAGGGAGUUCCUUAAUGAUGAGAACAGAGGUCUCGAUGUCCUGGUGGAGUACCUUUCCUUUGCCCAGUGUGCUGUCAUGUUUAAUUUUGAGGGGCUGGAAAAUGGGGAGGAUGGCUUCUUGGACAAGGCUAAGUCAUGGAGUAGGUCCAUAGAAGAUCUGCACCAUUCGAGCGCCCAGCCCUUCUGCAACACACUGGUGCGCUCUGCCCGCCAGUCUGUCCUGCGCUAUGGCUCAGUUUCUAACACCAAAACCAUCAAGAACUCCCGACUCGUGAGUCAAAAAGACGAUGUGCAUGUGUGCAUCAUGUGCUUGAGAGCAAUCAUGAACUACCAGUAUGGCUUCAAUAUGGUCAUGUCUCAUGCACAUGCUGUCAAUGAAAUUGCUCUCAGCUUGAACAAUAAGAACUCACGGACAAAAGCGUUGGUCCUCGAGCUACUAGCUGCCGUCUGUCUUGUCCGAGGAGGUCAUGAAAUCAUCCUCUCAGCGUUUGACAACUUCAAGGAGGUUUGUAAAGAGAAGCAUCGCUUUGAGAGACUGAUGGAUUACUUCCGCAGUGAGGAGGGAAACAUCGACUUCAUGGUUGCUUGUAUGCAGUUCAUCAACAUUGUGGUCCACUCGGUCGAGGACAUGAACUUCAGAGUCCAUCUUCAGUUUGAAUUUACCAAGUUGGGACUGGAUGACUACCUGGAGAAAUGUAAACAUACGGAGAGUGACAAGCUGUCGGUGCAGAUCCAAGCCUACCUAGAUAAUGUGUUUGAUGUGGGUGGCCUCCUGGAAGAUGCAGAGACGAAGAAUGCAGCACUGGAGAAGGUGGAGGAACUGGAGGAGCACCUGUCCCAUGUGACAGAGAAGUUACUGGAGGUUGAGAAUGAAACAAUGAUGAAAGUGGCAGAUCUGGAGAAGCUGCUUCUUCAAAAGGAUAAGGACCUACAAUCAAUACGGGAGACGUACGAGUCGACCAACACCCAGGUCAACACCCUGAGGAGUAUGAUUAAGGAGAAGGAUGCUGCCUUCCAGAGGCACUUCAACAUUGAGAGGCGACUGCUGGAGCUGGAGCAGCAGGGCACCAUCCGUUUGCACAAGAAACCUGAUGGAGACAUCGCCAUCGAGCCUCUGGGUGUUGGUGGUGUGGGUGGAGGUAGUGGCCUUGGUAUCCCAUUGGGGAACUUUGGGCAGCUAUCUUUGGGUUCAACAGCUGGACUGACAGAACCAGGAGGACCAGACACUAGUUUGCCACCAGCCAGUGAAGCUCCUCCACCUCCCCCUCCACCUCCACCACCUCCCCCUCCUCUGCCAUCCUCCUCAGCUGCACCAGUCCCACCACCACCUCCUCCUCUUGCUCCCCCACUGCCAGAUGCGUCUCCCUCUGUUAUCCUGAGUGUGGGUUUGUCAGCCAUCAGAAUCAAGAAGCCCAUCAAGACCAAGUUCCGUUUGCCUGUAUUUAACUGGACCGCACUAAAGCCCAAUCAGAUCAAUGGCACAGUCUUCAAUGAGAUUGAUGAUGAACGUGUGCUUGAGGAGCUGGAUCUGGAGAAGUUUGAGGAGCUGUUUAAGACCAGAGCUCAGGGUCCAAUUGUGGACCUUUCUUGCACAAAAAGCAAAGUAGCCCAGAAAGCAGUGAACAAAGUCACGCUUCUGGAUGCUAACCGCUCCAAGAACUUAGCUAUAACACUUCGAAAAGCUAACAAGACCACAGAGGAGAUCUGCAAAGCAAUAGAGAAGUUUGACCUGAAAGCUUUACCUGUGGACUUUGUGGAGUGCCUGAUGCGCUUCUUGCCCACUGAGGCUGAGGUGAAGGUGCUUCGCCAGUAUGAGCGCGAGCGGCGUCCACUGGAUCAGCUGGCAGAGGAAGAUCGCUUCAUGUUACUGUUUAGCAAAAUCGAGCGACUCACCCAAAGAAUGAACAUCAUCACAUUUGUUGGGAACUUUGCAGACAGCAUCAGCAUGCUCACACCACAGCUCAAUGCAAUCAUCGCUGCUUCUGGCUCAGUGAAAUCCUCACCGAAGUUGAAGAGGAUGCUCGAGAUUAUAUUAGCUUUGGGAAACUACAUGAACAGCAGCAAACGAGGCUGUGUUUAUGGAUUCAAAUUACAAAGUCUUGAUCUGCUGUUGGACACGAAAUCCACAGACAGAAAAAUGACAUUGCUUCACUACAUCGCUCUCAUUGUGAAGGAGAGGUAUCCUGAAUUGGCCAACUUCUACAAUGAAUUGCACUUUGUGGAUAAAGCUGCAGCAGUAUCUUUAGAAAAUGUGCUGCUUGACGUGCGAGAGCUAGGCAAAGGCAUGGAUCUGAUCCGGCGAGAGUGCAGUCUCCAUGAUCAUCCAGUCCUGAAAGGUUUCAUCCAGUCGAGUGACACACAGCUGGACAAGCUGCAGAAAGAUGCAAAAACAGCAGAGGAAGCCUUCAACAGUGUGGUGAACUACUUCGGAGAGAGCGCCAAGACGACUCCACCCUCUGUGUUCUUCCCUGUGUUUGUGCGUUUCAUCAAAGCCUACAAGGAUGCGGUGGAAGAAAAUGAACUAAGGAAAAAGCAAGAGGAAGCAAUGAGAGAGAAGUUACUGGCUCAGGAGGCUAAACAGCAUGAUCCAAAGGUCCAGGCCCAAAAGAAGAGGCAUCAGCAGCAGGAGCUUAUUGCAGAGCUGCGCAGGCGGCAAGCCAAAGACCACCGACCUGUGUACGAGGGCAAAGAUGGCACUAUUGAGGACAUCAUCACAGUACUGAAGAGCGUGCCCUUCACAGCCCGCACUGCUAAACGUGGCUCACGGUUCUUCUGUGAAGCCAACCUCUGUGACGACGCCAACUGCUAGCCUCCCCCCCCUCUAAUGCCAAGAUCUCCGAAACCAGCCCUUCCUGCGAGCUGACGCCUUGAUCCGGAGCGGUUGGAAAAGACCCUAAACCACUUAUCCAUCACUUAUACUCCCUUCCCUUUAUAACCCUUCUCCGUGUCCCAAUGGUCCAUCUCAACCCCCGAGGCUGCAGAUCACCAAAAGAAAAGAAAUAAAAGACUCCAAACGGAGAACAGGACAGAGCUCUUGUUUUGGCUGGGUAAUUUAUUUAUUUAUGGAGGCCCUUUAUAGCCACUUUCAAAUGAAGCAGACAUCAUUACAGAAGCACAAUGGGAGUUGCUCCUCUGGCUUUCUCUGCUGAAAACCAGACCUGACUGAGGAUGGCAUCUGCUUUCACUAACAAGUACCUGCCAGUGGAUCUUAUCAUGGACAUUCCCAGAACCUGUUUAUUUCCAAAGGUGAUCCAGUUGUGGCAGGGCUCAGACUGAGAGGCAGCCAAGAAAAGUUGCCAACUCUGCUGCUGGUGGUAUCACACCUGUCUAUAAGACACUCACAAAAUCUUCCUCCAAACAACAGGGAAGAUUUGAUGUCAUAGUCAGACAUUUGUAUACUGAAUAAUGUUGCACCAAGUCUUCACAGUACAUUCAAUCAAGUCUUAAUUAUUUUUGAUUGUACCCUGGAGGAAAUACAGCCACCUUUAGGGGCUUCUUUUGGACUAGCUAGCCAAACCAAAUUGUCGCAGAUGCCUUUCGUUUAAGAAGUGCCUUUUUUGUAAACAGUGUUAUUUCAUGUUUUUCAGCCAUAACUGUCAAUUUCAAGUCUUUCAUUUGUAGGAUAGUACUUUUUAAAUUCCUUAUGCUAUAACAUAAGCCUUAUACAACAAUACUGAUGAUAUGCAAGACGAAUCCAAAGGUGCAUAACACCUGAAAGAUAAAUACUUUUAUUUACCUCUUAGUGCAUUUCAAGUCAGAACAGCUCACAUGAGAAUCUUCAUGUCUCCGGUGGCUUGUCAAGUGGUUCAAAACUGAAUGUUACAGUAUGCACCUUGACAACACUUCCCGUCACACCUCAAGUGACAUUUUAGAAGUGACAUUUGUAGGAAUAGGACUCCACAUGGGCUGCUGUUGAGGGACAUACGUGAUGACCUGCUAGAAAUGUGCUAAAUUGAUUAAAGGUGUUUCAAGCUUUUUUUAAAACCAUUAAAAUGUUUCUUCCUAACAGAUUUUGACCUACAUUGGCACAAAGGGAGUGAUGAAUACUUACACUACUUAAUUUGGCUCAAGAUUGUAUGAGACACUAUUCUUGUUAAGUGGACGUUUAUAUUAAUAUGCAUUCAAAUCAAGAAAUGUACUUUGUAAAAUAUGCCUUCCUCAUUAUUGUCUAUUGACUGAAAGAUGACACUUCCUGUAAAAUAAACAUGAAUUAAAUUGUUAUUACUGUUCAAGGUCAUGAAAACAAAAUAUGUUUUUUCUUCCAUUAAGCAACAUUCAAACAAGGAAUUUCUACAUGUUGCUGCUUUAUUUCUUCAUUCUUUAAAGAUAACUGGUACUAAUUUCUGAUGUGUUUCCCCUCCACCUCUCCAAAUGACAGACAGGGCCAUCAUACAUUUCAACUAUAAAAAUCCAUUUAAUUUCUUAUAUCAAAAAGAAAUGGAAUCAUAACAAAACAAUCAGAACCACAAAUAUGUGGGUUUUGGCCACCAAAAGAAAUCCUCCAACUGAAACAUGAUUGCUCCAAUAUACAUGGUCAUUUGAAAUUUUAACAGAGCAAAAUGUUUUUAAGGUAAAAAAAAAAAGGAAUGUGAUGAAUACUGUUAAUAUGAGAGGGUUGAAGACAGUUUUCUCUGGGUCGAGGAUGUGUGACAGCACCAUGCAGUGUGAUAUGGCAGGUAUGGCUGAUAAAAGCAGCGUGCUGAGCAGUGAAAAACAGAGACCAACACUGUCAAGACUAAAAACCAGGCUGACAGAUAGAUGGUUAGCAGCAAAGCAAAAGAAAAAGUAUUUUAAAAAGUUUAAAAAGAAAGAUCAUCAGGAAGCUGAACAGUCUCCUUCCUGGGAAUGCACUUAAUGAGCAUUAACCUAAAUUACAUGCAAGUACAGACGGAGGAAAGAAAUAAAAAAAAAAAAAAGAAUUUUUAAUCUCCCACAGAAGUUUGUACCAUCAAUAGGUCUUUCUGUCCCUUCCUGAAAAGUAUGUUUACAAUCAAAAGACGUUGAACAAAAGCUAAAUGCAACCAUUCUCUGCUAAUAAUUGGUCAUCGAUUUGUUUUCAGUGAAUUCACAGACGCUCGCCUCCACUCCCAUAGAGAAUAUUCUGAAGCAGUUUCAUAGCUCCUGUCCAGAGUGCCCUGCAGUAAGCUAAACCAAGGCCACGGAAAUCCAUCCCAGACUUUUCAUCCUGGAAUGUGGACUUAAUUACAAUCAUCUUCAUGCACUCGCGCACUGCCAUUGACUCAUUCAUUGCUGACAAAAAGUAUGUCAAUUACACAAUGAUUAAAAAAAAAAAACAAA